GAGCAUGGUUGGGAGUUCUCUAACUAUAAUACCAACUAAAGUUGUUUUUGCAAGUUGUCUCUGUUGUUGGGUGAUGUAUUUUGAAUCUUGAUGCUAAUUUGUUCAGAAAUCUACUGAAGCAGGUAUUUUCCAGCAUCAAUGGAGAACAAGAUUAUGUGCACUGUCUUCUUUCCAAUAUUGUUGACACAAUGCUUCCUGGCUGCCUCAGCCAUGUCGCAAAAAAACUUCACCACAGACAAAUAUGCCCUUCUUGAAUUCAAAACUCAUAUCACUUCUGAUCCUUUUAAUAUCCUGUCCUCCAAUUGGUCUUCUGCCACCUCAAUCUGCAACUGGGUUGGUGUUUCAUGUGAUGCUCUUCAUCGUAGAGUCACAACCUUGGAUCUUCCAAACAUGAACCUCACUGGCAGCGUCCCUCCUCACUUGGGAAACCUCUCAUUCCUUGUAUCUGUCAACUUGAGUGGAAACAGCUUCUAUGGCCAUUUGCCUUCAGAAUUGGGGAAGCUGCAGCGUUUGAGGCACUUCGACUUGAGUUCCAAUUUUCUUGAAGGAAGCAUCCCUGAUACGAUUUGCUUGCUUUUAAAGUUGGAGAUUUUUCGGAUAGGAAAUAACCAGUUUACAGGAACUAUAUCAAGAAAAUUUGGGAACUUAACUAAGUUAAGGAAAAUAUAUAUAGGAGAUACAAAAAUUGGAGGGAAAAUACCACAAGAGAUAGGUAAUCUUCAUAAUUUGGAAGAAUUUGUAGCUACAAAUGCAACACUCUCAGGUCCUAUACCACCAAGUAUAGGUGAAUGCAAGAAGCUUCAGAAGCUGUUGUUGUCGACUAAUAGAUUCACUGGAUAUAUCCCAAGAAGCAUUGGGAACUUGAGUGAACUUACUGUGUUAUAUUUAGAUGAUAAUAACUUGGAAGGUGAAAUUGGUCCAGCUACCAUCUAUAACAUAUCUUCCUUGAAAGCCAUAAAUCUUGCAAACAACAACCUUUCUGGAAAUUUUCCUUUGGAUUUGUGUCGACGUCUCCCAAUGCUUGAGUGGCUUAUUCUCUCCAACAAUAAGCUCACUGGAAACAUUCCAAAGGAUAUUGGAAACUGCACUUUGCUCUCCGCUAUAGGGAUUAGUGGAAAUUCCCUUAAAGGUGAAAUACCAAAGGAGGUUGGGAACUUACCCCUGAGCUUUUUAGAUUUGGGAGACAACCUUUUGUCAGGUUGCAUUCAUCCCAUGAUCUUCAACAUUUCAACCUUGGAGAUUAUUGGCUUACAACGGAAUAACCUUUCAGGCCAACUUCCCUCAACGUUUGGACUUGGCCUUCCAAGGCUUACUAGGCUAGAACUGAAUGAAAAUAAACUCACUGGUAUUCUCCCAACUUCUAUCUCUAAUUCUUCCUUGCUAACCAUCCUACAACUUAGCCAAAACUCAUUCACUGGCCCUCUCCCUAAUUCACUUGGUCAUCUAAGAUUCCUUGAAUGUCUUCACCUUCAAGGAAACAACAUGUCCUCUAAAUUCUCCAAUCCUGAAAAAAGCUUUCUCUCAUCUCUGACAAUUAGUAGAUCUCUAACACGUAUAGGCAUAGAGUCUAAUCCCUUGAAUUGCGUCCUUCCAAAUUCAUUUGGGAAUCUAUCCACAUCCCUUAAAUAUCUCUACGCAGAGAAUUGCAAAAUCCAAGGAAAUAUUCCCUUAGCAAUUGGCAACAUGAGCAACUUGAUUGAUCUAAGGCUUGGAAGAAAUGAUUUGAUUGGACCAAUUCCAGCAACAAUUGGAGGAUUAAAACAACUCCAAGGUUUUUAUUUUUAUAGCAACAAAUUGCAAGGAGCAAUCCCAUAUGGUCUUUGUCAUUUGAAGGCAUUGAGUAACUUGAUACUGAGCGAUAACCAACUCAAUGGAACCUUGCCAGAGUGCUUAGCUAAUGUAAGUUCUUUAAGAGCCCUAUACUUAGAUUCCAACAAAUUAAGUUCAACCAUACCUUUAACCUUUUGGAGCCUUAAAUAUAUCUUAGAAGUAAGCUUGUCCUCAAAUGCCUUCAAUGGUGCUCUCCCAUUAGAUUUUGGAAACUUGAAGGUCUUGAUUAGCAUGGAUUUAUCUAGAAAUCAGCUACUAGGCAAUUUGCCUACUAGCAUUGGGGAUCUCAAAGAUCUAACUUAUCUUUCCUUAGCAGAAAAUGUAUUUGAAGGUAACAUUCCUCAGUCAUUUGAUGGGUUGGUAAGCUUGGUCUUCUUGGAUCUUUCUAAUAACAUUCUUUCUGGAGUGAUUCCCAAGUCUUUAGAAGGACUCUCUUCUCUCAAAUUCUUCAAUGUAUCUUUCAAUAGACUUGAAGGAGAAAUUCCAAGUGGAGGAUCAUUCAGAAACUUCUCUGCCCAAUCAUUUAUGGGAAACGCCGCCCUUUGUGGUUUGCCAAGAUUUCAAGUGGCUCCAUGUAAGUCCAAGUCCCACAAAAAAUCCAUACAUGUGCUAAGGUUAGUGUUACCAAUUGUAGCAGCUACCAUAUUGAUACUUUCCCUUGCCAUCAUCAUCACCUUCAAAAGACGAUAUAAAUCAAAAGCAAAACACACAGAUGAAGAAAUUUUUCCAAGUCUAGCAAAUUGGAAGAGAAUUUCAUAUCUGGAGCUUCAACAUGCAACUGACAAAUUCCAUGAAGGAAACUUACUUGGCACAGGGGGUUUUGGGUCAGUAUACAAUGGGACACUUCCAAAUGGAAUAAACAUUGCAAUAAAGGUCUUUAAUCUACAAGUAGAGGGUGUACGUGAGAGUUUUGACACAGAAUGUGAAGUACUACGCAGUAUUCGCCAUCGAAAUUUGAUCAAAAUUAUUAGCAGCUGUUGUAGUGAAGACUUCAAAGCCUUGGUGCUCGAGUUCAUGCCUAAUGGGACCUUAGAGAAGUGGUUAUAUUCUGAUGAAAAUCGUCUAAAUAUCCUACAAAGAUUGAAUUUAAUGAUUGAUGUGGCUUGUGCUCUAGAAUAUCUCCACCAUGGACAUUCAGUUCCAAUCAUCCAUUGUGAUUUGAAACCUAGCAAUGUGCUGCUUGACGAAGAUAUGGUUGCACGUGUGGGGGAUUUUGGCUUAGCCAAGCUUCUAGGAGAAGGGGCAUCUGUGAUGCAAACAAUGCGAAUUGCGACUAUAGGCUACAUGGCACCAGAGUAUGGAUCUUUGGGAAUGGUUUCUGCAAAAGGGGAUGUUUACAGCUAUGGCAUCUUAGUCUUGGAGACGUUCACAAAAAAGAAACCAACAGAUAAAAUGUUUGCGGGAGAAAUGAGCUUAAAGGCGUGGGUGAAUGAAUCAUUAUCUCAUUCAGCAACUGAAGUAGUGGAUGCCACUUUGAUGGAGGAGGAGGAGCAUUUCAUUGCCAAAGCAAAUUGUGUAUCAUCUGUUCUAGAAGUAGCUUUGAAUUGUUGUGCAGAAGCACCCAAAAUGAGGAGAAAUAUGAUGGAUGUGGUAGCGAUGCUUAAAAAGAUCAAAAAUCAAUAUCUGAAGGAUGUUAGAGACUAAAAAGAACUUGUAAAUUAAAUAGCUAAGAGUUAG